AUACGUAAAGUGGCCUCGGUUUCUUCAACUCCGGCUCCGGUAUUCUUCUUCCUCUUUCCUUCACGUACUGUUUUUCCGACUAACUCACCUGAAUAUUCAACGUUGAUUACGGAGCUACUCUGAAAAUGGCGCUCAAAUUCCAUCCUCUCACCUCUCAAUCUCCUAAGUUGCCGUCCUUUGCGAUGCCGCAGCUUGCAAGUCUCAGAUCUCCUAAGUUUGUUAUGGCCUCCACUCUCCGCUCCACCUCCAGGGAGGUUGAGACGCUUAAGAAACCCUUUAUGCCUCCAAGGGAAGUGCAUCUUCAAGUAACUCACUCAAUGCCACCCCAAAAGAUGGAGAUAUUUAAAUCUUUGGAGGACUGGGCUGAAGAAAACCUUUUGGUUCAUUUGAAACCAGUGGAGAGGUGUUGGCAACCACAGGACUUUCUGCCAGACUCGGCAUUUGAGGGAUUUCACGAGCAGGUCGUGGAGCUUAGAGAGAGGGCAAAGGAACUCCCUGAUGAGUACUUUGUUGUUUUAGUUGGAGACAUGAUUACAGAAGAAGCCCUUCCUACUUACCAGACAAUGCUGAAUACUUUGGAUGGAGUCAGGGACGAAACAGGAGCAAGCCCCACCCCUUGGGCAAUUUGGACAAGGGCUUGGACUGCUGAAGAGAACAGACAUGGUGACCUUCUGAAUAAAUAUCUUUACCUAUCUGGACGAGUGGACAUGAGGCAGGUUGAGAAAACAAUUCAGUAUUUGAUUGGAUCGGGAAUGGACCCAAGGACUGAAAACAAUCCUUACCUAGGAUUUAUAUACACCUCAUUUCAAGAAAGGGCAACCUUCAUCUCCCAUGGGAACACUGCCAGACUAGCAAAAGAGCACGGAGACAUAAAGUUAGCUCAAAUAUGUGGAACAAUCGCUGCAGAUGAGAAGCGACACGAGACUGCAUAUACAAAAAUUGUCGAAAAGCUCUUUGAGAUAGACCCUGAAGGAACGGUCAUAGCUUUUGAAGACAUGAUGAGGAAGAAAGUCUCAAUGCCUGCUCAUCUGAUGUACGAUGGCCGCGACGACAACUUGUUCCAUCACUUCUCAGCAGUUGCACAGAGGCUUGGAGUUUACACAGCAAAAGACUACGCAGACAUAUUGGAGUUUUUAGUUGGGAGAUGGAAGGUGGAAAGUUUGACUGGACUGUCAGGCGAGGGGCAGAAGGCUCAGGAUUAUGUGUGCGCAUUGCCUGCAAGAAUUAGAAAGCUAGAAGAAAGAGCUCAGGGACGGGCAAAAGAAGGUCCUACCAUUCCUUUCAGUUGGAUUUUCGAUCGACAGGUUAAGCUGUAGAAGGUUGAAUGGAGUAGGAAGGAAGAGAAUGUGUAGAAGAGGAGUUGAUGGGGUAAGGGAAAAAGAAAA